AUGGCCCCCGAGUUGAGAAAGAGAAAGUCCGCUGAGCCUGUCAAGGCAGCUCCCAAGGCUGAGAAGCCUGCGACCAAGAGCAAGCGCAAGGCUGCCGAAGAAGCUUCCCCUGUCUCUACGAAGAAGGUAAAGGCUGCCAAGGCGGCCCCUUCGCCCAAGCCUGCUCUGAAGAAGACUUCAAAGGCCAAGGAAGAGGCUCCCAAAACGAACGGCAAGAAGAAGGCUGCCAAGCCCGUCGAUGAACCCGCCGAAGAGACAAUCGAGGAGCCCGCCGAGGACGAGAAGUACGAUGAAGAGAACGAGGAUGCGCUCAUUCUCGCUACCGAGCUAGAUUCUGGCGAUGAGGAGGCCGACGGUGUGAAGCUUUUCGAGGAGGGCCAGGAUGUCGGCAAGAUUCCCAGCGUCUCCAAGGCCGUCCGCAAGGCCGCCAGCAAGGCGCCCACCGGCGAGACCGGCGUCAUUUACAUCGGUCGCAUCCCCCACGGUUUCUACGAGCACGAAAUGCGCCAAUACUUUUCGCAGUUUGGCCCCAUUGCCCGCUUACGACUGUCGCGCAACAAGAAGACCGGCGCCAGCAAGCACUUUGCCUUUGUUGAGUUUGAGGAGGAGAGCACCGCCGAGAUUGUCGCCAAGACCAUGGACAAUUACCUGCUGUUUGGCCACAUCCUCAAGUGCCAGGUCGUGCCCAAGGCGCGCGUCCACGAUGACCUAUUCAAGGGCGCCAAUCGCCGCUUCAAACAGGUCCCAUGGAACAAGAUUGCUGGCAAGAAGCUCGAGAAGCCCCGCACCGAGUCCGCGUGGGAGCUCAAGGUCGAGCGCGAGAAUAAGAAGCGCGCCGACAAGGCUGCCAAGUUGAAGGCUCUCGGAUACGACUUUGAGGGUCCCGAACUAAAGACUGUUCCGGCGCCUGGUGCUCCUGCUACUGCAGAGAAUGGUGUUUCCACCGAGAACGGGGCUGUCGAAGCUGCUACCAUUGAGGAGCCCAAGGUCGAAGAGCCCGAGGCUGAGAAGGCUGCUACCGCUGAGGAGCCCAAGGCCGAGGAGCCGGAGGCUGACGAGGCCAAGCCCAAGCCCGCAAAAUCGAAAAAAGCCAAGGGCGGCAAGGCCAAAAAGGCCAAAGCCUAA